AUGUCAAGUCGCCAAAAGAAAGUUAUAUUUUGUAUAGCUGGCUUGUUGAGUUUUGGUUGUGCUUGGAGUGUAGCGGCUGCCACUGAAACGCAAUUUUGGGUCAAAGGAACUAUUCUUGGUAAAACUGGAGCUCAGCUUAUCAAUGCCACAGGACCAGAACUGGACAAAUUUGUUGGAGAGAUAAGCUAUGGCCUUUUCCACGGCCAGAGAGUUAAACAGUGUGGUCUGGGAGGAAGGCCCUUUCACUUUUCAUUUUUCCCUGAUCUGUUGGAUGUGAUUCCUGCCAGUAUACAUGUCAGUGUCAUUUUAUUCUCUGCAGUAGUGAUCAUAUUUUCAUUAGUAGCUGCAGCAUUUUUCAUGUAUAAUGCUUUUGGGACUUCUUAUGAGACUCUCCAUGGACCAUUAGACCUAUACCUUUGGAACUUCAUUUCAUGUUCUUGCGGUUGCCUGGUGAUGAUCCUGUUCGCUUCAGAAGUCAAACUCCCGGCAAACUACAAAGAAGAUUUUGUCUAUAAAACUCACAGUGAAGAAUUUGACAGAUCGUUUUGGAUUAUUUUAUUUUGCUUCACAGUGCAUUUCCUGAACAUACCUCUUAUCCGGGUAACCGAGAUCAAAUUUCCUUUUCAGGAGUCAAAAGAGACGGACACAAACACUGGUGCAGCAGAUCUGAUGUACUGACAGAAGUGAGCCUGCAGUACUGUGACAGUU